UUUUGGGUCCACAUCACCUUUUUCAUCUUCAAUUUUCCUUCUUUAUCUUGUUAUUUUCUUCGUCACUCUUUUUCUCACGGCGAUAGAGGAAGAAAGAGCAUGGCAACCACGCUCAGCUUUCUAAACUUCCCUCUUCUUCCCGCAAAGCCUCAAACUUCUAACUCCAAAAUCCCCAUUCUCUCCCAUCCAACAAAUCUACAAAAGCCCUUUAUUUUUCAAACCAUUCAUCAUGCAAAGUCAAUCUCCCUUCCUCUUACAACCGUCGCAUUACCUCUCUUUUUGGAUACAAAGGAUGCAGUUGCUGCUGGUGGAGAGUUUGGGAUCCUUGAGGGAAGGACCUUGGCGCUUAUACAUCCUGUUGUCAUGGGUGGCUUGUUCGUGUACACCUUGUGGGCAGGCUUUUUGGGCUGGCAAUGGAGGCGAGUGCGGACUAUCCCGAAUGAGAUCAAUGAGCUCAAGAAGCAACUAAAGCCUACCCCUGUUACCCCUGAAGGAACUCCUGUGGAAUCCCCACCUUCUCCUGUUGACCUUAAAAUUCAGCAACUUACUGAGGAGAGGAAGGAGUUGCUCAAAGGAUCUUACAGGGACAGACACUUCAAUGCAGGAUCAAUAUUGUUAGGAUUUGGAGUAUUCGAGUCUGUUGGUGGAGGACUCAACACAUGGUUUAGGACAGGAAAGUUAUUUCCAGGUCCCCAUUUGUUUGCAGGAGCAGCAAUUACGGUGCUAUGGGCAGCGGCGGCAGCUCUGGUACCUGCAAUGCAGAAGGGGAGUGAGACGGCUAGAAAUCUUCAUAUUGCGUUGAAUGCAUUGAAUGUAGUGCUCUUCAUUUGGCAAAUCCCAACUGGAUUUGAGAUUGUCUUAAAGGUGCUUGAAUUCACCAAGUGGCCUUGAAGUUCCCUGCUGCUGUAGCCUCGCUUUACUUUCUCUCUCUUGGCCUCUUCCAUCAUCUGCAACUUCAGUUUUUUUUUCCCUCCAUUAUCUGUUCUGUUUUUCUAUACCCAUCCUUUAGAUUAGUUCAUAGCCUUUGUUUUGAUAAUGUUGCUGGGUUCAAUAUUGGCCUUAUCUCAUCUCAUUACCAUCAA